CACAUUAGAAUACAGUGUAUGUUAUAGUUGAACUGGAAUGACAGAGGAAAAUAACAUGAUGAUUUCUGAGUGUAUCAUUGACAGCACCAAAUGCAUUAAAAGGGUGGAACGAGACUGUGGUGAUUCUGAUGAGUGGACUACGGUCCUAUUUGUCAGUGCAGAGACCCUGAAGGGACAUGAUUCUGGUACCAAGACAGAAGACACCACACCAAAGAGUAGACCUGGAGAAAGUAACUACGGCUCUGAGGGCUCGAUGGGGAGAUGUUCCAGAGUUGCUGCAGCAUGUCUGGGCCUGCUGUGCCUUCUACUACUGGCUGGGAUCAUGGUGCUGUUUGUCUACUAUAAUGGAGUCACUGUCCGUUUGGAGGAGAGGUUGUUAGUUUAUAGAACCAGCAACAACAACCUGACUGAACAGAGAGACGAGCUACAGGUCCAAAACAAAAACCUGGAUAAAGAAAAGGCCGAUCUAAAGAGAAGGUACAAUAUGCUGAAUCAAACCUGCCUUGAAGCAUGGAGGAAGUUUGGUUUCAGUUUGUACUACAUCUCUGACUGGACUGAAUCCUGGGAUGAGAGCAGACAGGACUGUCUAAAGAGAGGAGCAGACCUGGUGAUCAUAAACAGCAAAGUGGAACAGGAAUUAAUCUGUCCAUUUAAAAGGUUUUUCUGGAUUGGUCUGACUGACAGAGAGACAAAGGGGACUUGGAAAUGGGUGGACGGGACACUAAUGACCACAGGGUUCUGGUCUCCUGGUGAGCCAAAUGGUGCCUCUAUCAACUCUACUGAGGACUGUGCUGAGGUUAACACCUUCAAUGACCCAGAGAAAAACUGGAAUGAUCUCAGGUGUAGUGAACGGCGGCACUGGAUUUGCGAGAAAUUACCUGAUCAGUAGCUCAACUUGGUACCAAUGGAAAUGUAUACAUGUAUGCCCUUGAGACUGACCAAUGGCAGAGGACAGAGUGGGUUUAUAAGAGGGCUCUGACAGUGGCUCAGUACCGAGGCAAAAACGGACACAACCAUGAAG